CCCUAUUUUCCUCUCACUUUCUCUUCAAACAAACGAAAUUUACGACGCCCCAUUUUCCCAAUUUUGCAUCUUUACUUUGUUUCCAUGGCGAAUUCGAAGCCAAUGACUCCGGUGAAAGACCAUGAAAGGUCUGGUAAAUCAUACAAGACUCAAGAAACGAACAAGUUAUCUGAGAAUUUGAAUCCCAAUGUUUCUUCUAAUUCGUCCUCUUAUUCAAGCCCUGGGGUGAAAACUGCAAAGGCCACGAGUUCUCCGUUAAUGAAGUCUGCAAAAUCGCAGAAAUCGGCACCCAGAAACGUGAAUCCAGCGGCUCAUUAUUCUUCGAGGAACAAGAUUAGAGAAAGAAAGUUUGUGGUGGCCAAGAAGAGGAAUAAAAACUCAAAGAAAGAGGAGAAAGAGGGGGCUUUGAGUUCAAAUGUUGAGUGUAAGUGUAAGGACAGAUUUGGUGGAGGUAAUGUGAAGAAAUGUCUGUGUGUGGCUUAUGAGACCUUAAGGGCUUCGCAAGAAGAGUUUUUUAAGAACAAGAGUCGGUUUGGUGAGGAGAAAGAUGGUGAAUUUGGUGAAGUUGAAAAUUUGGUUGGUGAAGAGACUGAGACGGGUGGAUUUGUGGAUCAGAAUAUUGAGGAUCAAUAUGUGAAUGUUAGUGAAUCACCUGAGCAAAAUGGGAGUUCUACGAUGAAGAGAAGGAGGGCUAAGUUGCUUGAAGAGGCAAGAAAUAGUGUGCCUGAGUGUGGGAAAGUGUUGCAUUUGGUUAAGGCGUUUGAGAAGCUCCUUUCGAUACCAAAUCCGAAGGAAUGUGAUCAAAAGGAAGAUGAGAAAGAGAGCGAGAAAAAGAGUGUUGCUGAUGAUGAUAAUAAGAAGGCAAUGAAAUGGGCAUUGCCUGGCCUGCUAGCUCCACCUAAGGUGAAUGAGGCUAGGGAGUCUUCGGUUUCUUCGUUUUGUCCAUCGGAUUUGAUCUUGACUGCAGAGAAUUUGGGUUUGGAUUCGCGUGCUUCGAUUUCUUCUUCGUGGGAUAGUAGCCAAGGAAGUAUUUCUAGCAGGACUUCUAAUGGAGGCAGGAGAAGCCGGAGAAAUAGCACUGAAUCGUGUGGGACAAUGGGAAGCAGAAGAUGGAAUAAGAAGCAACUAAAAGCCACUUGCCAAAAGCCAUUUCAGCUAAGAACUGAGCAAAGGGGAAGACAAAAAGAGGAAGAAUUUAUGAAGAAGAUACAAGAAAUGGUACAAAUGGAGGAGAAGCUGCGGAUUCCUAUAGCUCAAGGCCUUCCAUGGACAACAGAUGAACCAGAGCAGUGCCUAAUUAAACCUCCAGUUAAAGAAAACACCAGGCCUACGGACUUAAAACUCCACAGUGAUCUGCGAGCGAUGGAGCGUGCUGAGUUUGACCAUCAGGUAGCAGAGAAGAUGAGUCUGAUUGAACAGUACAAAAUGGAAAGAGAGAGACUGCAGAAGUUGGAGGAAGAGGAAGAAAUAAAAAGGUUGAGAAAGGAGCUUGUUCCAAAAGCACAACCUAUGCCCUAUUUUGACAGACCCUUUAUGCCCAGAAGGUCAAUGAAGCAUCCAACCAUACCCAGAGACCCUAAGUUUCAAAUGCCACCCCAUCAUAAGAAGAUCAAGUGCUGUGUAUCAUGGAAUAAUAUGAGCUCUUUCACUUACCAACAACAACAGUAAUAGGUUAUGAAAGAAAACUAAAUUAGAACAUCUAGGCAAUGGCAUCAAUUUCUGAAUAAUGUUAAUUCUUGUCUUUGUUUUCUUUUGGUUUUCGUUAUUCUUUUCCUCAUUUGUAUAUGAAGCAACCAAUUUAGUUGCAAUUUUGAUGUCCACUGCUUUGUUUCUUGAAAGCGCAUAAACAAAUACUGUCGGUGGACAGUCUUGUAUUGGACAUGAGGCUUUGACAUCAUUUG